AUGUCUUCACAUUGUGAAAUACGUGGUGAUUCAAAAUGUUCAACAAUGUAUCAUGGUGCUAUGCAACGUUUACGUCUUAUUCCACGAAGACAUUCAUUAUUUUCUAAACGUAUAUUUAUGCUUAAAUAUAAUGGUGUCAAAAUAUGUACUCAUCAUAUUACAGACAAUUUUUCUUCAAAUAAAUUAAAUAAUGAUUUAAGUCCAAAAAACUCUAUUAACAAUGAAAGUAUCUAUGAAAUUCAAUCAAUAGCUAGUGAAUCAUCUGCAACUACUACAAAUCCACCAUCAGCAAUAACAAUAGCUGAUUUAGAUACUGAUGAAAUGCCAAUUCGAUUUCGUAAACACAAAAGAUGUACUCAUCAUGUUACAGACAAUUUUUCUUCAAAUAAAUUAAAUAAAGAUUUAAGUCCAAAAAACUCUAUUAACAAUGAAAGUAUCUAUGAAAUUCAACCAAUAGCUGGUGAAUUAUCUGCAACUACUACAAAUCCACCAUCAGCAAUAACAAUAGCUGAUUUAGAUACUGAUGAAAUGCCAAUUCGAUUUCGUGAUAGAAUAGAUGAAUUUCUACGAAAAUAUUCAUCUUGCAUUACACAAACAGCAUCAAUUAAUUCUGAAGCAACGCAUUUAAUAGCAAAUGAUGAUACACAUACAUUACGUUCACCAUUAUUAAUGAAAUUCAUUGAAGUUAUAGCUAAUCAUUGUUUUUGUGUUUCAUAUCGUUGGUUAAUAGGUUAUAUUAAAUAUGAUCGAAUUGUUGAUAAAGGUGCAUAUGAAAUUGAAGGUGAUGAUACAGAUUAUCAUUCUCAAGAUGGUCCAAAACGUUCACGUUCAAUUGAUAAACGUCAGUCACUUUUUUGA